AUGCAAGGACACGCCGCCCUCGCCCGCGCCGGCGAUAGCGAGUCCGACGACUGGUCUCGCCUCCAGGAGCAGCAGCACCAGGCGGCCCUCUCCCAAACCCUCGAGCUGCAGCGCCAUGCCCACCGGCAGCUCGCCACCGUGCCCCUGCCCGAUCUUCCCGAGGUGCCCCACGACUCGACAGAAUCGCCCCCCCCGUCGGCGACGAGCAACCGAUCGCCGGCCGGCACCUCCCCCAUCUCUCCCAGGAGCGGCCCCGUCGCCCGCGCCGUCACGCCGGACAGGUCCGACGCCGCCGCGCCCGGCGCCAACGCGGCCGACUGGGAUGGCCUCUCGCCCCUCAGCCCCCGCGAGCUAGGGUACUCGCUUCAACCGGGCUCCCCUGGCGGCGCCCUGUCGCCCGCGGGCGGCAGCCGAAGGCAGGGCAUGGUCUUCAACGACACCUUUGCCGAGUCCUACGAUGGCGCCGCCGGCAGGUCCCCCACCGUCGCCUCCCACUAUCGGAGAAAGUCCAGCGGCCAGACGCGGCCGAGGACGAGGACCAUCGACACCUCCAUGCUCCUCCAGCGAACCGCCACCGGCCUCGACCACCGGCUCCGCAUCGGCAGCCUCGGCGUCUCCGCCUCGCAGCCCCUGUACGACGGUCCGAGGUCGCCGGCGCUCCCCUCGCUCGACACCAUCGGCCACUCGUCCCUGCCCUCGAGCCGGUAUCCCGAGCCGCCGACGCCCUCCAAGACCAAGGAGAAGCGGUCGAGCAAGCGGUCGCUCAGGAUCCAGCCGCACCCGCCGUCGCCCGGACCGGCCCCCAUCCUCUCCCCCGUCGCCUCCGUCGAUUCCCUGCCCUCGCCCGUCAUGGCCAAGGAGCCGGCGAGGCUGAUGUACCUCAUCAAGUCGCUCAAGGGAAGGAUGCGCGGCGAGAUCGAGUACCAGGCCGACGCCGCCGCCGGCUGGAAGUCUGGCUUCGCCUACGUCGACGACGAGCGCGGGUUCCUCAUGUGCAACCCGGCCCAGAACCACGGCGGUGCCCAGUUCGUCACCCUCAUCGCCGACCUCCGCGGCUGCCGGGUCCUGCCCGUCGAGCUCCCCGACGCCGACUUCGCCGAGCCCGGCAUGCGCUGCCUCGAGCUCGUCACGGCCGAGCCCCAGGUCAUGGGCGAAUCGAUCCUCCUCCUGCGUCCGGCCGCGGCGGACGAGUGGAACCUCUGGCUCGCCGCCCUCCUGAGCUGGCAGCAGGUUCGACCGAUGCGCCCGAAGCUCGUCCACGGCAGCUCGACGAGCCUCGUCACCCCCAUCCGCCCGGGCCUGCGCCGCCAGGGGCACUCGGACGACUCCAAGAGCUCCAACAUCAUCAAGGUCGGCACCAUCAUGCUGUGGGACAAGGGCCCGGCCACGAUGCCGCGCGACAUCUCCCACCGGUCCUCGACCCGGGACCCGCACUCGCCCGUCGCCUCCUGGAGGGGCGUCUCGUGCAUCCUUCACGAGAACGGCGAGUUCAAGCUGCUCAUGGAAAACGACGUCACCGUCCUGUCCGUCAUCGAGCUGUCGCAGCUGUCGCGCAACGCCAUCCAGCAGCUCGACCACACCGUCCUCGACGAGAAGUUCUGCAUAGCCAUCUUUCCGCUGUACGCAUCCUCGGCGACGCAGCUCUCCAUCUUCCGUCCCGUCUACCUCUCGCUCGACAGCCGCGUCUCCUUCGAGGUCUGGUUCGUCCUGCUUCGCGCCUUUGCCGUCCCCGACGUCUACCGGUUGGGCGGUCCCGACGACGAUUUGACGCACGAAAUCGGCAACGACGACGACGAUGACGACGCCGCCCAUCGGGACUGCAAGGAAAUCUUCCGCAUCGAGAAGAAGGUGGUCGUGAGGGUGACGGAAGCCAAGAUCAAGGCCCGGCCGGUGGGCCUGGAACCGCCGCCGUCUCCCAAGCUCGAGCAGGACCCGCUGGUGGGCAACUAUCUCGCCGAAGUCAUGGUCGACGGCGAGAUGCGGGCGAGGACGACGACCAAGACGGCGACGAAGAAUCCGUUCUGGAGGGAGGACUGCGAGUUCGAAGAGCUGCCGCCGACCGUCACCGAGCUGACGGUCAUCCUGAAGAGCGUCGACGGCGAUCUCGAGGGCGCGGCCAAGAACAGGCCAGCCCAUCCACGGGAGACUCUGUGCGGCAGGGUGGACAUUGCCCUCGACAAGCUCGAGCGCGGCAAGGACCACGAAGAGUGGCGCGAGAUCGUGGACGAGAGGCAGGUGCCGAUGGGGUCGAUGCUCAUCAAGGUGUCGCACGUCGAGAUCGUCGCGCUCCAGGCAAAGGAGUACGAGCCGCUGUCGGAGAUCCUGCACCGGUUCCCGUCAGGCCUCACGACCAUGAUCUCGGCCGCGCUGCCGGGCCAGCUGCGCCGGCUCUCGGAGACCUUUCUCAACAUCUUCCAGGCGUCGGGCUCGGCGAGCGACUGGCUCACGGCGCUGGUCGAGGACGAGAUCGACGGCAUCGGCAGCCAGGCGUCGAUCAAGAAGUUCCGGUACAGCAACCGGAUGAAGUCGAACGAGUCGACCGAGUCGGCCGCCACCGACCGGGAGCUGCUCGUCCGGGACAUGAGCAAAUCGCUCGCGGGAGAGGCGAACCUGCUCUUCAGGGGAAACUCCCUGCUCACGCAGUCGCUCGAGUUCCACAUGCGCCGGCUCGGGACCGAGUACCUCGGCGAGAUGCUGCGGCGCAAGAUUGGCGAGAUCGAUGGCCAGAACCUCGACUGCGAGGUCGACCCGAGCAGGCUGCCGCAAAACGUGCACGGGUCGGAGCUCGAGCACCGAUGGAGUCGUCUCAUCCUCGCCACGACCGAGGUGUGGCAGUGCAUCGCCAGCUCGGACGAGCAGCUGCCGGCCGAGCUCCGGCACAUCCUCAAGUUCAUCUGCGGCGUGGCCGAGGACCGCUACGGCGACUUCCUGCGGACCGUGACCUACACGGCCGUCUCGGGCUUCCUCUUCCUGCGCUUCAUCUGCCCGGCGAUCCUGUCACCAAAGCUGUUCGGCCUCACGCGCGACCACCCUCGACCGCAGGCGCAGCGGACCCUGACGCUCAUCGCCAAGGUGCUGCAGAAGCUCGCCAACAUGUCGACGUUUGGGAAGCGGGAGGAGUGGAUGGAGCCGAUGAACAAGUUCCUGACGACGCAGCGCGUCGUCUUCCGCGACUUCAUCGAUCGCGUCGUCGGCAUCCCGGCCGACCGAGCCGUCCAAGGCGUGCCGGCGAGCUACAGCACGCCCAUCACCAUCAUGGGCCGGCUCGGACCGGGUGCCCGAGAGGGCUUCCCGACGCUUCCCUACCUCAUCGACCCGGCCAAGAGCUUCGCGAGCCUCGUCAAGCUCUGGGUCGACGCGCGGCCGACGAACUUGAAGGAUGACCAGGCCGAGGGCGACCUCGUCCGCUUCGACGAGAUCUGCCACGGCCUCCAGAAGCGGGCUGAAGUCUGCCUGGCCAAGGUCGAGACGACGCGCGCCGCCGAGGUGGCCUCUCGCGGGGCGGAGAAGCUUGCGGAAACCAUGGAGCAAGCGAAUCUAAUCGAGGCCCUCAGCGUUCCGUACGGGCACGAAGGGCCACCGGGCAGCUCCGGAAGCGACGGGGUGGACGAGCUGAGACGGUGCAGCGACGAGGGACGCAGGCCAGACGGCAAGAAGUCGGGCGGGCUGCGUUACGCCCACAGCAUAGCGGGCGGGCCCCUGCGGGCGAGGAACGGCAAGGUUGGGAGGAACAUCCUCAGCGGCAUCAUGAGGAUGGGGUCGAAAGCCGAGGGCCACGAGCCGAGGCAUCAUAAGUGA